AUGUUUAAUAUAUUCGAAGAUCAAUUAAUUGAUGAUAUUGUUUCUCAAGUUGAACAAUCUCGUAUUUCAUAUAAUUUACAACGUGAAGAAUUUCAUAAUCUUAAUACAAAUCUUCAAACAUAUUUAGAUAAUAUAAAAACAAUUGAUAAUGAUAAUUAUCAUUUACAAGAAGAUAUUCAACAAAUACGUACAAAUUAUAUUUCAACAUUAGAAAAUUAUUUAAAACGUUUAUUAAAUGAUUUUCGUCAAUUAAGUCAACAAUUAACUGAUAUACAUAUUGAUCGUUAUAAAUAUAAAUCACGUGCAAGACGUAUUAUUAAUGAACGUGAAGAAUUUAAACGACGAAUUAAUUUUAUUGCUAAUAAUGAAAAAGAACAAAUUAAAUGUUUAAAUUUUUUACAAAAAAAAGAACGUACUGUUCGUAAUGAACUUCUUAAAUUAAAUGAACAAUUACAACAUUGUUUAAAGUAUGUUGAAAAUGAAAAACAAACUCAUCAACAAGCUAUGAAUAAAGUUGAUAAUUUACAAGUACAACUCGAACAGAUAUGUGUUGAACGAUCGAAAACUGAAUUUGAAAUUCAAACAUUAAAAGAAGAAAUUAAAUUAAUGCAAACAGCAAAAGAUUUUCUUGAUGAAGAACGUGAAACAAUUUUAGCAACAGAAACUGAAGCUAAUGAAUAUUUAUUAUCACGUUUAGAUGAAUCUAUAACUUGUAUACGUGAAGAUUUCGAACAACUUAAUAAAACACAAUUAAAACAAAUUGAAAAUGAAUAUAAAAAAAUGUUACAAAUAGUUGAAGAACAUUUCACAACUGCUGAAUCAACAAUAUCUCAUCAACAUACAAAUCAAAUAGAACGUGAACGACUUCAAGAAGAAUAUCCACAUGUUUUACAAGAUUUAAAAACACUUAAUAAUCAUAAUCAAGUAUUAUCAAAACAAAUUCUUACUAUGGAAGUCGAGUUUCAUUCAUUACAUGAUGAACGUAUACAACAAUUAAUAUCUAAAGAUAAUGAAAUACAACAUACAAAAAUUGAAUUACAAACAUUAAAAGAAAAAUUAAAUCAUUUAACAGAAUAUGAUCGAAAUUUAAAAUUUGAAUUAACACUCUAUCGAGGAGUUUUAGAAAGUGAACAUAGACGACAACAACGACAGAAACAAUCAUCAAUUAAUACUUCGCAUUUAAGAAGACCAACAACAUUACAAUCCAAUAAUAAUUUAAUGACAGAUAAUAAAACAACAUUAUUGACAACAAGUAGUAUAAAUCAAAGUAAAUUUAAUGAUCAACAAGAGGAGGUUUUAAUAACUCGUAAUAGAACUCAAUCAGAAUAUGAUACACUAGGUGAAGAUACAAAUAUUCAAAUUGAGAAUAUUUUAUCAAUAAAACCUUCAUCUAGUGAUGAAAAAUUUGUAAAUCAAGAAAUUUUACAACAACAAGUGAUUGAAUCAUUUGAUCAAGAACACGAACAAGAUAGAAUAAAUGUCAAUGUUAUUUCACAAGAUAUUGAAAAAUCUUCAAGUUCAUCUUCGACAACUGUUCUUACAGAAGAUCAAUUGAUUCCAUCAUUUGAAACUCAACAAUCAUCAUCAUAUACUUUACCGAUAAGUUCCGAAACACGAAAAUCUCUUACUUCAUCUAUUCCUUCAGUAAUACGAGAAGAUCAAUCAGUAUUUUCUCCAGUUCAACAAUUAUCUGUUACACCAACUGAACUUCGAUCAUUACCAAUAAUUCCAUCAACAAAUCAGGAAAUAUCGCCAAUUGAAACCACUCCCGUUUUAUCCGAAGUUCAUCAGCUACCUUUAGUAUCUCCACAAGAACCUCAAACAUUAUUUGAAAUUUCAAAACCUUUAACUACUUCAACACUUGAAGAAGAUCAUCAAACAAUAUCUGAAGUACCACAAUCAUUAUCAGAAAUUUCUUCAGAAGUUCCAACAAUUACAUCUGAUAUUCAAAGAUCACCUUCGUCACCUACUAUCCCAGUAACAACAGAAUAUCAACAAUUAACUACUGAUAUAUAUGAACCACUAUCAACAUCUUCGCAUGAACAUCAACCAUUAUCACAUGCUUCGACGACACCAAUAACUUCCGAAUAUCAACAAUUAACUUCUGAUGUACAUGAACCACAUACAACACUUUCUCAUGAACAUCAACUAUUAUCACAUAUUUCAGUAAUACCACCUGAUAUUGAAAGAUUGUCUCCUUUACCUAAUACACAACCAAUAGUAGAAUAUCAACAAUUAGAUACUGAUCUAUCAUUAUGGCAUGCUUCUUCUGAUGCUUCAAUAAUACCAUUUGAUAUUCAAAGACGACCUUCUUCACCUACUACAUCACCAAUAACAGAAUAUCAACAAUUAGUUUCUGAUCUGCAUGAAUCAUCUUCAACAGUUUCAGAAGAUCGUGAAAUAUCAUCAGAAAUUCAGAUAUUUCCUUCACAAAAUGUUCCUACAACAAAUAUUGAUAUUCAAGAAAAUGUUGUACCAAUGACUAUUGAUGAUUAUCAAACAACAACAUUAGUAGAAAAUGAAUCCAAUGUUGAAAAUCAAUUAAAUAAAUCAUUUAAUGAAAUUGAUCAUCAUGAAUAUGAUCAAUCAAUACAUUUUAUUGAAUCAUCACAAAUAGAGCAAUAUGAAAUUCCUCUAGAUACUAAAUUAAAUGAAUCACAAUCAUUAUCAUUUUCAUUAAGUGAUAUUAAACAAGAUGAAAGUCAACAAAGUUCUUCACCAACAAAUUUAAAUAUAUUAUCAGAUAACGAUAAUAAAUUAGAAUUAAAACAAGAUGAUAUAUCAGAAGAAAUACAAAGAGAAGAAGAAAUUAGUUCUUCUCUUACAGAUCAAACUCAAAAUGAUUAUUCGACUGAUUUUACUUCUUCAUUAAUAAUUAAUGAUGAUCACAAAAAUGAUAAUGAAGAAGAUAAGUUUAAUCCUUUACCAACACAAGAUAUAAACAAGCAAUUAUCAAGAAAUACAUCAUUAUCUGAUAUUCAAGAAGUUGAUGAUUUACCAAUUUCUCAAAAAAUUGAAAUAAUAUCUGAUGAUGAUGAUGAUCCAAGUUUAGCAGUUAUUAUGCAAGAUCUUCGUUAUGUAUUUCAUGAAUUAGCUAAUAAUGAAGAUUUAGUAGAAAUCAAUAAUGAUUUACCAGAUAAAUUACUUGAACGUUUGGAAUUUCGUGAUCAUCUUAUACGAACAUUAUUCGAUAGUUUACUUAGAAAAUAUCUUGUACAAUCAGCUGCUCAAGAGAAUCGUCCUAAAACACUUGAUUGGAUUGAAUUUCGUGAUAUUCUUUUUCCUAUAAUAACUGGUCGUUAUACAGAACGACAUAUUCGAAAAUUAUUUGAUUUAUUUGAUACAACUAGAGAUGGUCAUUUAUCAUUACAAGAAAUAGCUGAAUUACUUGAAAUUCUUCAAGCUAAUAAUACUAUUAAUCUUGCACAAAAUAUUAUCGAUGAAUAUGAUACAGAUCAUGAUGGAAAAUUAAGUGUUGAUGAAUUAAUUGAAGCAAUUAAAAAAACAGAUGAUAUUAAUGAACAUGUUUUAUCAGAAGAAACUGAAAAUAAACAAUGGUUUAAUCAAACUCCAAUUGAGAAUCAACCUAUAUCAUUAGAAAUACCAAUUAUAAUAUUUCCAACUGAAACUAACGAUAAAUAUAGCACAGAAAUAUCUUUACUUGGUAGAAUAUUUAAAAAUAUAGGUGCUGAUUCUAAUAGUAAAUUAUUGGAUAGUAAUAAUAAAAAUUUAUUAAUGGAAAUAAUAAAUGAAUUUAUUAAUAAUAAUAUAAAUAUAUCAAUUAAUGAUUUACAAUCAUUUAUUGAAUUAUAUAUUAAUAAAAAACAAAAUACAAAUUCAUUUAUAAAUUGGAACGAAUUUCGAGAUAUUUUUUUACCAUUUGUUAAUCAUGGAUAUUAUACAAUAGAUAAUAUUCAACAAUGGUUUGAUAUAUUUGAUAUAAGUCAUGAUGAAAUAAUUACACACGAUCAAGUUAUUCAAUUACUUCGUUUAUUACAAAUAGAAAAUCCUGAAAAAAUUAUCAAUAAAUUAAAUGAAAUUACAGAAACACAUACAAAUGAUGAUGAUCUAUGGACAUUUAAUGAAUUAACAUUUGCAUUAAAUAAUGUUGAUGAAACAUGUGCUCAUCUUAUUACAAACAACGAACAUAUUCAACAAAUAACUACGUUUGAUAUUGACUGGCUUUCAAAUAAUGUAUUUUAA